ACAGAACCAAAGUAGAGACACUCUUGUUCUUUAUAUGGAUUCUACUUCAUCGGAAGUAAAAAUCGUUUCUCAAUGCUUUGUUAAACCCAAAACCAUCCCUGAAAAAUGGAAAGAGCCAUACCAUUUAUCACCGUUGGAUCUUGUGAUGCUCUCUAUGCAUUACCUCCAAAAUGGUCUUCUCUUUCUCAAAUCUGAUGAUGCAACCAAAACAAAAGAUUUCAUGGAGACUUGGCUACAAAAGCUUAGAGAUUCUCUAGCUGAAACCCUUGUCCAUUUUUAUCCGCUCGCGGGUCGUCUCUCGACUUUAAAAACCGAUAAUCCGAGAUCCUACUCUGUGUUUGUGGAUUGUAAUGACAGUCCCGGAGCUGGAUUUAUCCAUGCCAAAUCGGAUCUAAGUGUAAGAGAUAUUGUUGGAUCCAACUAUGUUCCUUUGGUUGUUCAAUCUUUCUUUGACCACCAUAAAGCCGUGAGCCAUGAUGGUCACACCAUGAGUCUCUUCUCAGUCAAGGUAACAGAAUUGGUAGAUGGAGUGUUCAUUGGAUUUUCAUUGAAUCACGCUGUGGGAGAUGGAGGUUCCUUGUGGCAUUUUUUCAACUCUUUGUCGGAGAUUUUCAAUGCACAAGAAACCGAUAACUUGCUUCUCAAGAAUCCUCCAGUCCUUUCACGUUGGUUUCCUAAAGGGUACGGUCCUGUGUACAACCUUCCUUUCACUCACUCUGAUGAAUUCAUUAGCCGAUUCGAAUCACCGGUCUUGAAGGAGAGAAUAUUCCAUUUCUCGUCUGAAACAAUAACAUCAUUGAAAUCAAAGGCUAAUGAAGAAAGCAGAACAACAACAAUUUCUUCUUUUCAAGCGUUAGCCGCAUUUAUGUGGAGAUGCAUUACAAGAGCAAGAAACUUACCUUAUGAUCAUGAAAUUCGUUGUAGCCUUGCCGCUAACAAUGGAACAAAAUUGGAUCCACCAUUGUCUUUGAGCUAUCUUGGUAAUUGUCUUUCUGCUGUAAAGUCCAAGACCGUUACAUCCGGUGAGCUACUAGAAAAUGAUUUGGGAUGGGCUGCUUUGAAAAUGCAUGAAGCUGUGAUUGGAAACACUAGUGAAGUGGUCUCGGAGACAAUCAAAAACUGGUUGAAAUCAUCUUAUGUUUUCCAUUUAGAAAAACUUUUGGGAGCGAUGGUGGUUCACAUUGGAAGCUCUCCGAGGUUUAAGAUGUAUGAAUGCGAGUUUGGGAUGGGAAAAGCGGUUGCGGUUAGAAGCGGUUAUGGCGGUAAGUUUGAUGGGAAGAUAUCAGCAUAUGCAGGAAGAGAAGGAGGAGGAACCAUAGAUUUGGAAGUAUGUCUUCUUCCAGAGUUUAUGGAAGCUUUGGAAUCAGAUCAAGAAUUCAUGUCCGUUGUCUCUUCUUCUUCUUGA